AUGAGCUCCGCGAGCAAGGGACGGUUUGUGAAGCGUGAUGUGAACGCAGCAAUUGCUACUAUCAAGACACAACGCACCAUCCAAUUCGUUGACUGGCGCCUCACGGGUCUCAAAUGCGGCAUCAACUACCAGCUUCCCGCAGUGGUCUUUGUUGACGACCUUGCCACGGUGAUGCGUGCCUGCUGCACGAUCGGCAACUCAAACGCCAUCGCGGAGGUUUUGUCGCGUAUCGACCACCAGUUAGACCUCGUGUUCUCGAAGCGUGCGUUCGUACACUGGUAUGUGGGCGAGGGUAUGCAGAAGUGUGAGUUCUCCGAGGCUCGCGAGGAUCUGGCGGCACUGGAGAUGGACUGCGAGGAGGUGGGCGUUGAGACGGCGGAGGGCGAGGGCGAGGAGGGGGGCGACGGUCGCCCCUCGACCACCUGCGUGCUCUCCGCGAAGGAGGUCGGCGUGGCCUCCACGCUGACGGCGCCGUCCGCGCCCGCGGCGGAGGCCGCGCCCGCGAGGGCGCCCCGGCGGCGGAAGCCGCGGCCUCCCGCGGAGGUGCCCGGCGCCGCCGACGGCGACGCCGGCGAGGCCCCGGGCGACCUCGACAGGGGCAACGCGACAGCCGCACGCGGCUGCGAGCGCCAGCUGCCCUGGGGGCCCUGCGGGCAGCGCGACGGAGUUGCGUGUGCACCCCGCAGUGGCGCCCCGGAGGGCUGCCCUUUGGGCCCGCCCGACUGGUGCCCGCGCCGGCCGAGCUCCGACAAAAAGUCCGCGGCCGCGGCGCGACGGCUGCCCAGGCUCGAGCUCCCGCCGGGGCCCUGCGCGCCCCAGCUGCUGGCCUGGCCCGCGCUCGGGCGCGCCAGGGCGGCGGGCCCCCUGCCCGGCGAGGAGGCCCCGGGCGGCCUCCUCGGCGGCCCGGCGCGCGGCGGGCGCCGCGGGGCCUCCGCCUCGGCCCGCGCCACGGGCCUGCUGGCGGACCCGUGCGCGGGCGCCGCGGCCCGCGGGGGCGGGCGGUCGCGGCGUGCGCUGGGCGCGUUCCUGGGCGACUGCAGGGGCGACUGCCGCCGCACCACGGCUCCCAGGGGCGGCGACUCGGCCUUUGCCGCGGGGCCGGAGGCGCCCACGGCCCCGGAGGGGCCGCUGGUGGCCGGCCGGCUGGCAGGCGCUGCGGGCGGCGGCGCCGAGGCGGGUGACGCGGGCGCGGCCGGCGCCGGGCUGCUGCCGCAUCCGUCCCCGAGGCUGCGGCUGAUGAGCCCUCCCCGGCCAGACGGCCCGAUGGACCACGGGGAGGUGGAGCGGACCAGCGCCGAGGCGGAGCUGGAGAGGCAGGCCGAGGAUCCCGAGAGGGCGGAGGAGCUGCUGCGGGAGGCUGCCAGAGAGGAAGGGAUGGGCUGA